AUGGAAGCUGAGGAGGAUGCAGAGCGCCUCCUUCGCCGCACUGAGAAGCGAGCAUUUGCUGCAUUUAAGAUAUCCUUUCAUGAAAUUUCUUCUAGUCUCUCUGCAUGCAUAGUCUGCACACAUUGGAUUAUUACAUCUCUCUCCUCUCCCUCUUCUCUCUUGUCUUCCUUAACCAAUGAACACAAAGCUGCAAGUCUGGCAGAUUCUUCACCUGCAUCGGUUCCCUUGCCACUUCGUGUUGAGCCCAAGCAAAAGAGUGGGAUCAGACAGCAAGAUCUACUGAAAAAGGUCAUUGAAAUUAAACCCAAGAGGCAUAAAGUUUCAAGCAGAUCCGAUGGUAAUCAGUCCCACCCAAAUUUGAUUGUUAGUGCUUCGACAAAUCUUGAGUCUGAAAAUGACCAAGUGAAGGACAAAGUGCAUGUGUCGUCGUCACACAGAAUAAAGGGCGAGUGUGAAGGGAAAACUACAGCCAAAAGUUUGUUAGGAUUAGCAUAUGCAAGUUCUGACAAUGAAGAGGAUUAA